AUGGCUUCGACGCAAAGCCCAGAGGCGAAGGAGCUGGUCCUUGUGGGCAAGGUGGAGAUGCGGAUAGCUCUGGCAGAUUCCGAAAAGAAGCUAGAAGAUCUGCUGAAGGUCUACCUUGCGCCUCUGCUUCUCAAACUUGGUUCGGAAAGCGUGGCCGUGAGAAACAAGGUCAUAUCCAUUUGUCAACAUGUCAACACCCGCAUAAAACCACAAGAGAUCAAGCUUCCAGUCUCCGCCCUUCUGAAGCAGUUCAAGGAGAACGCCAAUGUACCGCUAAUCCGGCAUUUCGACAUUCUGUACAUUCAGCAAGGCAUCUCGCGGCUUCCAGUUGCUGAUCGAAUUGAGCUUUUGCCUAUUCUGAUUCAAGGGAUUGCUGCAGACUACGCCAAGUCUUCGCAGCACGCAUCCCAGUUAUUCCAUCUGAUCCUCCGUCUUUUGAUCCACUUCAAACUUCCUCUAAGGGGUAGCAAGGAGGACGACGAACUGAGGACCACACUUGGUCUAAAUGAUGAGGAUGCUUCCUUCCUUUCCAACUGGUUCGGCAAGCUGCUUCUACUCAGCAUUGUCCGCCAAAACAACCCUGAAGGCGGACCCUUCGUGAGGUGCCCUGGCCUGUCAGCGCAGGAAUACAAUUUUCUCACGCUUCAGGGCAAACCUGAUGCUUGGGAUCCGAGUGCAGAUGCCGGCCUGAACUUGACUGAAUCCAAGGCUCUCGUGACUAGGUUCCUCGCGAGCGGCAUGUUUUCCGAUGACGAGAAGUUUCUACCCGCGCUAUUCGCGUCUGCGGACACCAAUUCGCGUAUCUACGAAGUCGGAGACGAUGUUUUGAAACGCGUUAUUCUGUCGAAAGAUUUAGAAGAUCGAAAGCUAGUGGAAACGCUGCUAGAGCUCUAUUUCGGGUCAAACACCCCUGAGGGACCAUUGCCGGUGAAGGUCCCGCUCAAAAUCAAGAUCCUGGGAAUCCUGUCGAAGUCAGUGGCUUGCACGACUUACCCGAGGGAGAUUGCUAGAAUGGUGGAAGAAGGCCUACUCUCGCCCGAGCUGAAUCCAACAAGCAGGACCACAGCAGGCAGAGAAGCCUCCAAAUUUCGGUCUGCCAUUUUUUCGCUUGUCAAUUUUGUCGCUCGGCGAGGGUCAGCCGAGCACCUUUCGACAGUGGCAGAAAGCCUAGUGGGCAAUUUGCGAGCGUUCCUCCAAGACCAAGGAUGGCCCACUCCGGACCGAGAUCAGGACAUGGAGCUUCGCGGAUAUGGGUAUGAGACGAUUGGCUUAUUGGCGAAGGCUGCGCCCGGCAAGAUCCUCUUGGAGCCGACACUAGAUCUUCUCGAAUGGCUGUUUCGUUCCCUGAAGGAGGACGCGUCCGGAAAGGACGUGGCAGUCAGUAUCGAAGAAGCUCUCUCCUCCGUGCUGGGAGCAUUUUCUGAGCCACUAAGCGAUCCCAUUCUCCGAAAGUUCAGAGAAAUCCUCCUCAAGUAUUCCUCCGCCAGCCUAGCCUCUGGCUCUGACAGCUCUGCCAAGUUCUCGAGGAGAACCCGAUAUGUCGCGACAAGAUUCGCCAACCGCUGUCUACCUUACGACGAUGUUUUGGCCCGAUGGAUAGACACCCUCGCCGUCAGCGGAGGGAGCAACGAGAGGCAUGAGGUCGUAGAAGAAGGCAAGAAAGGCUUAGAUCCGUACUGGUUCUCCAUGUCGAACUCAGUACCAGGAUCUGACUCUGAUCGAAAGGAACUAUCGUUUCCGGACUUCGACAAGCUUGUUCAAUUCAUCUUUGUGCGCCGAGUUGAAGAUGAAGAUGAAAUGGACGUCGACGAUGAGGACGUUAUUCACCGAGUGCAGAGGCUUCAGAAGAAUUUUCCGGAUACCCUCUCUACAGUGAUUACCUUCUGCUCUGAGAUUGCCAUGCACGCAGCGCUGGCAGAUAAAGACAUACAAGAGAAGUUGUCCGAAGACUGGGGACGGAAACUAGAGACUUUGAUGUCUACAGACUCUCGUGCACGUCAAGCAUUCCGGGCUUACGCGGCUGAUAGCAGGCACGGGCUCUCUCUCGCCACACUCUUGAGGGCCAGUUUCGACAGGCUUACUGCGAAUGAGCUUAUCGAUGUCGGUGAUCUCGGCAGUACCUUCGUUCGUCUCCUAUCGCUGUGUCCUGACAAGAUAUGGGCUCAAGCUGGCUUGUUCCAGGAAGUUCGAGCUCUUGAGCCCUCCAUUCUCUCCAACAAUCCGAAUCGAAGGUUAGCCGCUGCGCACGCAUACGGUCUGAUUGCUUCUCAUGGACAGUGCGACACCAAUUCGAUCAAGAAGUCAAAGGCGCUUUUCCUUGAGAAAGUCAUGACCUGGAAGGAGGCCGUGGGCGGGGAAAUCAACCAAAUUAGCGGAGCCAUUUGUGCACUGGGUUACUACUUCAGUCGGUCACACUGGAGGAGCGCCAUUACUCUCUCCGACAAUCAUCCGGUCUUUGAGCUGUUGAGCACGCUCGUCGAUAUCCUCAAAGAUUCCAGAGAUGCAACCCUUAAAGGUUCAAUCUACGUAUGCCUUGACCAACUCAGUCUUUUCUACCUUAUCGAUCCCUCAAGUAUCUCUCGCUUCACCAAGUUUCAGGACGUCAUCCAGCAGGUAUACGACUCUGCAAAGACGGGCACUACUACUGCGAUUCUCGCGCUGGGACACCUGUCCAUGAUUACAGAAGAAAUCGACGGCACCUCUGAAGAACCUACGGAUUACAGCUUCGUUGCUGACAAGCUGUACGAGCUUCAUGAGGUGCGCCAGUCAGAGGUGCAAUUCUCCGUUGGAGAGGCAUUGAGUUGCUUCGCUUGCGGCUGGGACUCCAAAGCCCUCGCAGCUGAGCUGGACAUCGAGCAUCCAGACCAGCAACAUGAUCCGUGGGAUGUCCCAUUGAUCACGCCUCCUGGUCCAAAACGCGAGAAGACAUUGGCUGCGGUACUGGAGAAGACCCUCAAAGGCUGUCGACAGUCGAAACCAUCGUUGAAGAAGGCUUCGGUCAUCUGGUUGCUUUGUCUGCUUCAGUAUUGCGGACACAAGCCGGAAAUGCAGAAGUACCUCACCCAAUGCCAGAUAGCCUUCAAGCAGUGCUUGUCGGAUAGAGACGAAGUAGUGCAGGAAGCAGCAUCUAGAGGACUUGGUCUAGUAUAUGAGAAGGGUGACCGGCAGCUCAGAGAUGACCUCGUCCGCGAUCUUGUGAGUUCGUUCUCGGAUAACAAGUCGAAGAUGUCUGGUACAGUUUCGGAGGACACCCAGCUAUUUGAGCCUGGAGCUCUACCUACUGGAGACGGCUCCAUCACAACUUACAAGGACAUCCUCAAUCUCGCAUCUGAGGUUGGAGACUCAAGUCUAGUUUACCGCUUCAUGUCGCUUGCUUCCAACAACUCCAUUUGGUCAAGCCGAGCAGCCUUUGGACGUUUCGGCUUGAGCAACAUCUUCUCGGACUCUAGCGUCGAUGGGUAUCUUGCAGAGAAUCCGAAGCUCUACCCUAAGCUCUACCGUUAUAGAUUCGACCCGAACCCAAACGUGCAGCGGUCGAUGACUGACAUCUGGAAUGCAUUAGUCAAGGACUCUUCGACCACCAUUGACAAGAACUUCGAUGCGAUUAUGGACGACCUGUUGACUAGCAUCCUAACGAAAGAAUGGCGAGUCCGUCAGGCGUCCUGUGCGGCCAUUGCCGAUCUAGUGCAAGGACGGAACAUCGAGAAGUACGAGAAAUAUCUUGGAGAUAUUUGGGACAAGUGCUUCAAAGUACUCGACGAUAUUAAAGAGAGUGUCCGAGCGGCUGCAGCUUCGCUUGCUCGUGUUCUGACUGGUAUCUUGACACGCUCGCUAGAGGCAGGAGAUUCGUCUCUCAAGAAUGCCGGCGCAAUGCUAUCUCGCGUCCUUCCCUUUCUCCUCUCAGGCUCCGGUCUUGAGUCUAGUGCUGAAGAAGUACGCAUGUUCGCCGUCCACACCCUCCUCCAGAUCGUCAAGAAGAGCAACGCAAAGACCAUUAACCAGCAUGUUCCCGAGCUCGUUGAGAGGCUUCUCGGACUCCUCAGCUCGCUUGAACCAGAAGCUGUUAACUACAUCCACCUCAACGCUUCUAAGUAUAAGCUCACGGAGCAGAAGAUCGACGACAUGCGCCUGCAAAGCGUUCGCUCCUCUCCGCUAACCGAGUCCAUUGACCGCUGUCUCGACCUUGCGGACGCUGCUACGAUGAAAGACCUCGUCCCGCACGUCGAGGCUGCGAUGAAGAAUGCAAUCGGCCUGCCUUCAAAAGUGGGCUGUUCUAGGAUCCUCGUGACGCUCAGCACGAGGCAUAACUUCCUGUUUAAGCCCUAUGCAGAUAGCUUCCUGAAGCUGAUCCAGAAAUACGUCCGCGACCGCAAUGACACGGUCUCGUCGUCCUAUUCCGCAGCAGCAGGCUACGUCGCACGUCUUGCCUCCGACAAACAACUUCUCUCCACUGUCGCCUUUUGCCAAAGACUCUACUUCGAGUCUGAGGACGAUAAAGGCAGAUUGACAUCCGGCGACAUCGUGUUUUCUAUCUCCAAGAACGCCACGGACCGGUUCACCUCAUUUUCCUCCGAGCUUCUACCUUUCAUCUUCCUGGCGAAACAUGACAGCGACGUCCAAGUCAAGAAGCUCUUUGAAGACACAUGGUCGGACAACGUUGCAGGCAGCCGGGCCGUGCUUCUCUACCUGAAAGAGAUCGUCGCGCUCGCAGAACAGCACCUAGAGUCUCCGAAAUGGGUCCUCAAGCACACAGCUGCGAAGACGAUUGCGGAUGCUGUGAUGUGCAUCACUACCGGUAGUGAGACCAUCAGCAAGAGCAAUGCAGAGAUCGUAUGGCUAAGCCUGGACAAAGCAAUGGGUGGGAAGACGUGGGAGGGAAAGGAGAUCGUGCUUGAAGCUUUCGUGCGCUUUGUCGAGCGCGGAGAUUCUUUGUGGAAGGAAGAGGCCAAGAUUGCAAAGCAGAUUGAGAAAGUCGCGAUUAGGGAGGCGAAGCGUCAAAACAAAGCGUAUUGGCCUUUUGCGCUCGAGGCGCUGGGCAAUAUAUGUAAGGCUCGGACGGACUUGGAGCUCUCCGGCACGGUUGCCGAGAUCGUGCACGGUGUAUUGGAUGAAGUGCUGGGUAACGAAGAAGAGGAAGGCGAGAAAAUGGAUGUUGAUGGUGGGGAGGUGAUGAAGGAUGUUGCAUUGUAA